AUGCCUAAGCUACCGGACGGCCUGAUCGCCUUUGGCUCUCACGCCAAUUGCACUCUCGACCUAUGCCCCAUCGAAGCGAGUAUCCUUCAGUACCAACCAUCCAUUCCCGGGAACGCCGUGAUUGCGGCCCUGUUCGGGGUGUCGAUGCUCAUCCACCUAGUCCAAGGUCUGAAAUGGAGGCAAUGGUCGUUCAUGAUCUGCCUGAUUGUGGGCUGCUUGGACCAGAUUAUUGGAUACGUCGGGCGUAUUCUGUUGAGCAAGAAUCCGUUUUCAUUUAACGCGUUCAUCAUUCAAAUUGUCUGCAUCACUACUGCACCGGUAUUCUUCUGCGCCGCCAUUUAUGUGUUGCUAGUACGGACAAUCAACCACCUCGACCCCUCGAUCUCUCGCUUCCCCUCCAAGCUCUUCGCCUGGGUCUUCAUCCCCUUCGACAUCGUCUCCCUGAUCCUACAAGCCCUCGGCGGCGCACUAUCGGCCACACAAGCCUCCUCGGGCAAUAAAUCCGGUGUGAACAUCUCCAUGGGUGGUCUCAUCCUGCAGGUCAUCACUCUCGGCAUCUUCGUCAUCUUGUUUGCCGACUAUGUGGUGCGCUACAUCCGGCACCCUCUGCGCCCCGUGGGCUCGCGGCUGAAGUUGUUCCUGGCGUUUUUGUUUUUGGCCAUCAUCCUGGUUCUGGUGCGGUGUGCGUAUCGGAUUGAGGAGUUGAGCGAUGGGUACGAUGGACCGUUGAUUCGCGACGAGGCGUUGUUUGUGGGACUCGAGUCUGUGAUGAUGGUACUAGCUGUGUUCUGUCUCAAUAUCGCCCAUCCCGGUUUCGUCUUUGGGCGCGAGCCAGCGCGCAGCGCAGGAAUUGGAUACAGUGCUACCCCCGCCAGCGAGCAGGUAAUGCAGCAAAAGGACUUUUCUUACUCUUCGUCGGGAUAA